GCGCGCGCGCGCGCGCGCGGCCCGAAAGAACAGGAUGGAACGCGCCCGGGAGGGCUCUCAUCGCGCCUACCCCCCUUCUCCUUCUUCUCCUCCUCCCCGCGCCUAGGACCUUGGAGUUGGGGAAGCUCCCGUCGGGGGAGGAGGGAAGAAAGGAGGAGAAAGUGCUCGAGAUCCGGGCCACCCCCUCCACCCUAGAAACAGGGGCGGGGCAGUGCCCGGAGCCUAGUGCAUGCGACCGGCUGGGGCAUCCUGGAGAAGCCUCGGUGUCCGGCCCUCGAGCCGUGAGUGACCCUGCCGCGCGCGUGCGGGAGGGAGGAGGAGGAAGAGAAGGAAGCAGCAGCAGUAGCAGCAGAACGCGGAGCCGGGCGCUGAAGGAGCCGGAAGAUGGCCAGCGACGCGCUUCAGUCUGGAGGGAGCACCCCUCGGCCAAGCUGAUGGCAGGGCCCCCGUGUGGAGGAGCCAGCCGCGUCUGGUGCUGCCGAUCAUACAAGAGCGAGCCCGGGAGCUGGUCAGUGCUGGAGCAGCUAGGCCUGGCAGGAGCAGACCUGGCAGCCCCAGGGGUACAGCAGCGACUGGAGCUGGAGGUGGAGAGGCUGCGACGGGAGAUCCGAAAGGAGCUGAAGCUGAAAGAAGGGGCAGAAAACCUGCGGCGGGCAACCACCGACCUUGGCCGAAGCUUGGGGCCAGUGGAGCUGCUGCUUAGGGGCUCCACGAGACGCCUGGACCUGCUGCACAGCCAGCUGCAGGAACUCCAUGGCCUUGUGGUGCUGCAUGAGCCCAGCCAGGCGCAGCCCCAGCUCGGCCAGGCCCAGGAUGGCCCCCAGUCCCCCAACUGCUCGGCCACCAGUCUGAGUCUGGUGGCUGGCUUGGAGAAGCAGCUGACCAUCGAGCUCAAGGUCAAGCAAGGGGCGGAAAACAUGAUCCACACCUACAGCAAUGGUAGCACCAAGGAUCGGAAGCUGCUGCUCACAGCCCAGCAGAUGCUGCAGGACAGUAAGACCAAGAUUGACAUCAUCCGCAUGCAGAUUCGAAGGGCCUUACAGGCCGGGCAGCUGGAGAACCAGGGCUCAGAGGAGUCACAGGGGGGGCCGGACCUGGGGGCAGUGGAGCUGCGCAUCGAGGAGUUAAGGCAUCACUUCCGAGUGGAGCAUGCGGUGGCCGAGGGAGCUAAGAACGUGUUGCGCCUGCUCAGUGCUGCCAAGGCCCCUGACCGCAAGGCUAUCUCUGAGGCCCAGGCCAAGCUGACAGAGUCCACUCAGAAGCUGGCAUUGCUUCGGGCAGCCUUGGAACUACGCCUUGGGGAGCUGCCCGCAGAUCACCCCAAGGGGCGACUGCUGCUGGAGGAACUGGCGAUGGCUUCAUCCUCCACUUUCAGUGCCCGCCUUGGCCCUUUCCCUGCCACUCACUACAGCACACUCUGCAAACCUUCGCCCCUCACAGGGACUCUGUCAGUACGUGUGCUGGGCUGCAGUGGGCUUCCUGAGACUGUCCCUUGGAGUUCUCCACCAACUUCAGGGAACUCAGGCACCACCGAAGGCCGUACUCCCUUCCUGGGCCGCCCAGCCAGGGGCCUGUAUAGCAGAAGCGGCAGCCUCAGUGGCAGGGGCAGCCUCAAGACUGAGGAACCAACCAAUGAGGUCAGUGCUGUGCUCAAGGUAGACAACACAGUGGUGGGCCAGACACCAUGGAAGCCAUGUGGCCUGAAUGCUUGGGACCAGAGCUUCACCCUGGAGCUGGAAAGGGCCCGAGAGCUUGAACUAUCUGUAUUCUGGAGGGACCAUCGUGGCCUGUGUGCCCUUAAGUUCCUGAAGCUUGAGGAUUUUCUGGAUAACCAGAGACAUCAGGUGCAACUAGAGCUGGAGCCUCAAGGCUGCCUUCUGGCAGAGGUCAUCUUCCACAACCCAGUGAUUGAGCGGAUCCCACGGCUCCAGAGGCAAAAAAAGGUGUUCUCCAAGCAGCAGGGGAAGGCUUUCCUUCGAGCCCGGCAAAUGAACAUUGACAUCGCUACUUGGGUGCGGCUCCUUAGGCGGCUCCUUCCCAGUGCCAAUUCCACAGGCACUUUCAGCCCUGGGCCCACCACAGCUGAAGGUCGAACCUCAGGGGACAUUUCCAUUGAGAAGUUGAACCUGGACUCUGAUAGCUCCACCCAGAAAAGUCCCCUGGAUCUACUCUCCAGCCCCUCUAGCCUUUCCAGCCCCUCCACCCUGAGCCCUCGAAGCCAAGAUACCCCACAGCCCCUGGAAUCAAUGCCUGAAGACAAAGAGACCCCCGGACCCACCCCGUCCAGCCCCCUGAGGACUUCCCCACUGAGCCUGAACGACUUCAAAUUCCUGGCGGUAUUGGGCCGAGGCCACUUUGGGAAGGUGCUACUAUCUGAGUAUCUGCCCAGCGGAGAGCUCUUUGCGGUCAAAGCCCUAAAGAAGGGGGACAUCGUGGCCCGGGACGAGGUGGAGAGCCUAAUGUGUGAGAAGCGGAUUCUGGCGGCGGUGACGGGCGCUGGCCAUCCCUUCUUGGUCAACCUGUUCGGCUGUUUCCAGACCCCCGAGCACGUGUGCUUUGUCAUGGAAUACGCGGCAGGCGGGGACCUCAUGCUGCACAUCCACAGCGACGUCUUUACGGAACCCCGAGCUGUCUUCUAUUCGGCUUGCGUGGUCCUGGGGCUGCAGUUUCUGCAUGACCACAAGAUUGUCUACAGGGACCUGAAAUUGGACAACUUACUGCUGGACACCGAAGGUUACGUGAAGAUCGCCGACUUUGGGCUCUGCAAGGAGGGGAUGGGCUUCGGUGACCGCACCAGCACAUUCUGUGGGACCCCAGAGUUCCUGGCUCCCGAAGUGCUGACUGAUACAUCUUACACCCGGGCAGUGGACUGGUGGGGCCUGGGCGUACUGCUCUAUGAGAUGCUGGUGGGGGAGUCCCCAUUCCCUGGAGAUGAUGAAGAGGAGGUGUUUGACAGCAUCGUCAAUGAUGAGGUCCGUUACCCCCGCUUCCUCUCCACAGAAGCCAUUGGCAUCAUGCGCAGGCUACUUCGUCGAAACCCAGAGAGACGUCUGGGCUCUGGUGAGCGGGAUGCUGAGGAUGUUAAGAAGCAGCCAUUCUUUCGGACCCUGGGCUGGGAGGCAUUACUUGCCCGCCAGCUGCCACCACCUUUCGUUCCUGUGAUCAAGGGCCGGACAGACAUCAGUAACUUCGAUGAGGAGUUCACCGGAGAGGCCCCAGCUCUGACACCACCCCGGGAGGCUCGGCCCCUGUCAGCUGCUGAUCAAGAAGCAUUCAGGGACUUUGACUAUGUCUCUAAAGGCUGCUAGUGCUGCCUCUCCCUGAAGGACAAUGAAUGGACUGAGCCUUUCUAUCCACCCCAUUCUCUGCAGUUUGUAGUUUUUAAAAGGCCUUUGGGGUUUGCCCCAUCAGAGUAGCCUCUGCCUCCUUCUUAUGCGCCAAGGGUUGUGUGGGGAUGGGGGAACUCAGUGCCUAGAGAAGUGAGGGGGAGGCAAAGAGGGGAGCCACCUAUUAUCUGUGACCUUAGGUAAAUAGCAACUGCUUUGGGCUUCAUUUUCCUGAUAGGAGAGGCUUAGAUGACCAAUCAAGUCUAUUCUAGGCUGAAAUCUAUGGUCCUAUUAUCUGAUGACCUGGAGAGGAAUAGGGCCUUGAGCAUUCUAGUGUUGUCUUUGGUGGGAGAAGGCCUAGGAGAGGGGCUUCUGCUGAAGAAGGUGGAGGAACUGUGAAGGAGAUUCAGAGGGCUGUAGAAUUGCAAAGAAAGCCAGAGAUUGAAUCUGGAAGGAGCUGAGAAGCUGAAGGAAGAGAAAGAUUUAAGCUGAAGGAGGACCUAGGGAGGAGAUCUGAUGGGGGAGAGGAAAGUAAGUGAAGGUAACAGGGUGUGGCUGCUAAAAGGAAAAGAAGUGAUGGCCCCACAUUUGAAGACCCUCAUUUGCAGUUUGCCACAGCUGUUCUCCAGGAAAGGUUCUCCAGGAAAGCUUCUAUGAAAAAGAAAAAGAGAUGAUGAGGACCUCACUUCUAGCAAAGUACGGAGAGCAGGGAGAAAUCUGCAGUGACCUAUAGAGACUGAAGACUAUAAACGCAUGGUGUUUAUGUGUGCGCCAUGGCCAUGUGGGGUUAACUGUUAUCUGUGCUCAGAGUACAGGCUGGCCUCCUUCCUAGAAGACAAUGUACCCUACCCAGACAGGCUCAUGCCUCUCUGCUCUCCAGGCUACCAGGGAGACUUAUGGGCCUUUAAAAAGUAAAAUGACUGGUUUCUGGGGGGAAAACAAAAGAAAAGAGAUCCGAAGAAGCGACCAAGAAUCCUCACCUGUGUCGGGAGCUCUUCAGGAGGAAGGAGAAAUAGAAGAGAGAGCACUGAACCCUCUGAGCUCUGUAACACGUAGAAUAAGGCUAGUCUUCAAGAGAAAGGAGCUGAAUGCUGACAGCAGUUGCUGCUUCUUCCACCAAGGAAUGAUGAUGUAAAUUCACAGGUGAGAGAGAAUCCAGGAUAAGGAAGAGGAGGUAGGUCAGUGAUGGGGGUUGUGGAUGUCUUUGCAGAAGGGGUAAUAAGGAAGCUCUUUGUCACCCUGCUAACAAUUUUUUUUAAAAGUCUGCUGUCUUCCUGGAGCAUAUUUCCAGGAAGUGACAGAGAAGCUCCCAAGACUUGUCAGGCUAUGUGACUGCUACUCACUUCUUGUGAUCCAAAUGUUCAUAAAUGUUUCUGCCAAGAAGGCUCUAGAAAGUGCUGCUGGAUAUUAGGAAGCCCUGGGCAAGAAAUCAAAGUCACUUCUAUUGCUCGGAGGGAAAGACUUCAGAUUUGGGGAGUGAGAAGCUGGUUUAAGAGCAUAGUGUCUAAGAACGUGAUAUGGAUUUCUGGAUCAUAGAAUAAAAUGUAAAAUUGACAUGCCCCUGGUCAGAGACUAAGUGCACUAGGGGCUGGUAAGAAUUUA